CAACAUAGUCAAACCUGAGAGUCUUUUCUCAGUUACUAAGAAACUUUUGUCUGUCUUAGAUUUUUCUGAAGUCUGGAAGGACACAUUUUGGUCAGCGAGUUCCUGUUAUUCUGUGGGAAACCAGGCUUGCAGCUGUCAACAGAGACACAUUUUUGUGUGAGAGAAGAAUAUAUCCAUGGUUUGGUGUGUCGGUACAGAUCAUGAUGUGAAGCACAGCAGGUUGUCUAUGCAAGUGUCUACAAGAGCAAUGGCGACCAAACGAUUGAAUAGAUGGAGUUUUGGAUGCUGGAGACAUCUGGAUUAUGUAUUUUUCCUGCUCCUGCUCCUACUGUGCCACCCAGUAAUAUCGAGCACAACAAGUGGAUUUACAUCCACCACAGAAACCACAUAUUCAACAACAGUGACUGGAGGAACCACAGCUACCGAUACCACAGCACAUUUAUCUACUACCCAAAGUCCCGGUAGCUCAUCAACAGUGCCAUUAACAACAAGCUCAUCUACCGUUCUGAAUACAGCAACAACAAUGGAAACCACAGCCACAUCUUCUUACAUAAGCACAGCGAGCCCAGCAAUAACACUUACGACGAAAUCACACAGCACUGAGAGUCAGACAACUGAAACAACGCCACACACAUUCACUGAGAACACCACAAUCUCUACAUCCACUGGAAACACGACUUUUGCUGAAUCAACCACAAUCUCUACAUCCACUGGAAACACGACUUCUUCUCAAACAACCCCAGUCUUCAGAACCACUGAAAACGUGACUUUUUCUGAAACAACCACAAACUUCACAACAUUUACAGCAACACCCGAACCAUCAUCCUCCGCAAAUAUAACUGAUACAACACCAACUGUUAACCAAACAUUAACAUCGACCGCUACAGAACCCACACCUUGUGACUGCAAGAAUGCAUAUUACUGGAUGAUCGUUGAGGUAGCAAGAACACCUGAAAUUAAACCAACACUGAUCAAAGAAUGGCUUAAAGUGCUUUACAGAAGCAAACUAAAUUCAUGUGCAGUUUCCAUACAGACGGUAUUGGAGGAGAUCUCUGACGUCAGAAUAAUAGCAACUGUGCCUACCACAACUACCAGCAUUAGUACAAAGAAACCCAGGCUUAAAGAUGUGGAGGUCACAUGCGAUCCUAAAAAUAGUACACAGAAUGCACAAUGCAGUAUUCUUCUGCAGCUGAGUGCACCUGCCAAUGUUUGCUGCAUUAGAGACGCUGUGAUGAUGAACUCGGAAAGUGACAAUGUCAGUGUGGUGGGACAAAUAGAAAGAGUGGGUGUGUGUGCAGGUAACAUAACACAGAUCUCAGAUGGACAAUAUGACAAAUGCAAUCAGACAGUCAAAGUUGAUGAAUGUAGUGCAAAACCACAGAACAUCUCAUGUGGAAACAGUACAAAUGUGAUCUUUACACUGGAUUCUCAGGAUAGCUGCACUAUAAGUCCAAUGCCAACGUGUUAUUGUUCUUCACACUGCAAUAGCUCAAAUUUGUUCUAUUACAGCUUUAACAUUGAACUGAUUACGAUUACUAUAAUCAACAACCGUGAUACCCUAGUUCCUUCUAUGUUGAAUUACUCAGAAUGCACAAACACAUCAUCUGCUUGUAACAUUACGCAGACUUUCAUAAGUUACAAUCCGGACUCAAGAGUGAUUUGUAAAAACACGAAAGAGUCCAAUGGAUCACUCUUUUGUGAUGGUAUAGUGAAACUAGACACAGCCAUGGACUUGUGUGAUAUUCGCACGGCUCUAGAGGUCAUCUUUAAACCUCAGAAAGACUUGAUCUUUGAUGGUGUUGUGAGCAGAGUGGCUAUCUGCUAUGACCCUUCUUUGAAACCUUUGAACCAAACAUUCACAUGGGGGCCAUCUUGGAGUGCAAAUUUCAGUUCUGAAGGCUUCUGCAUGGAGUCAAACUUUAAUGAUUACUGCUCAAACGGUACUAUAGUCAUUCCCCUGAAUGGCAGCUGUAGUUCAUCGACCACAUUCCAAAACAGUACCACGACUCCUCCAUCUUUCACAAUGUCCACGGCCACAUCAGGGACAUUAGAUGCUGAAGGAUUGCUGAAGUUGAGUGCAAAUGCCUCGUCUUUAAACGCCACUCAGGUGGAGCAGAUUUUAUCACAGCUAGAGUCACUCCUCUCUGGGCCCAACGUCAGCCUGGCUCUGGCAAACACCUCUGUCAAUAUUAUCAACAACCUCCUUGAUGUUCCUGUGGCUGUAAUGACUCCUUUCUCAAAGAGGGCUAUUGGGGUUGUGGACACAGUGGGUCUUAAACUGGUUGUAUCUGGGACAAGUCAGUCAAUACUUUCACGGUCACUGGCUCUGGCAGUGAAGAAAGUCGACGGGACCAACUUUCAGGAGACGUCCUUCUCCCUAAUCGAAACAUCUAGGGUGCAGAUUAAAAGUAACCCCAGCAUGGAGACAGAAGACAUCAUGGUUCAGGUUCGGUCCACUCCUCUGGGUUCAGUCAUCCUCCCAGCAUUCCUCACACAGAACCUCACGGCAGAACAGCAGCGGCUUGCCUCCAGAGUCCAGUUCAACUUCUUCCAGAAUAGCACCUUCUUCCAGGACAAAAAUCUGAAUAGACGUAAACUAAACAGCGGGAUUGUGGGUAGCAGUGUGGCUAACCUGAGCAUAUCUGGUCUCCAGAAGGAAGUGCUGAUAACCCUGCGAAACACAGGGCCCAUUCCGGCUAAAUAUGUAGCUUCCUGUGUAUUCUGGGACUUUGGUUUAAAUGAUGGCUCGGGCGGCUGGAAUUCUUCUGGGUGCCGUGUGCUUAAUUCUUCUGCUGAAGAAACUCAAUGUGCCUGCAAUCACCUUACUAGCUUCGGUAUUCUGCUAGACAUUUCUAAGACUGAAAUCCCUGCAGAUCAUCUCAACAUCCUGACGUACAUUACAUACAUCGGCUGUGGAAUCUCGGCUGUUUUCCUGUCUGUCACUCUGCUCACUUAUCUGGCCUUUGAUAAACUGCGCAAAGACAUCCCGUCUAAGAUCCUUAUUCAGCUGUGUUUGGCCUUGCUGCUGCUAAACCUGGUGUUCCUAUUAGACGCCUGGCUGGCUCUGUACCCAGAUGCCAUGGGUCUUUGCAUCUCCACUGCUUUUUUCCUGCAUUAUUUCCUCCUGGCAUCCUUUACAUGGAUGGCACUGGAGGCCGUCCACAUGUAUAUGGCCCUCAUCAAGGUGUUCAACACCUACAUCUCCCGCUUUAUGGUCAAGAUCGGACUUGCUGGAUGGGGCAUUCCUCUCGUCGUAGUCAUAAUUGUCAUAGCUAUUAACAAAGACCACUAUGGCCUUGUGACAUACGGGAGGUAUGCAAAUGGGGUGACUGAUGAUUUCUGCUGGAUAAAAAACGACAUUGUCUUCUAUGUUGCUGUGGUGGCGUACUUCUGUCUUGUCUUCCUGCUGAACUUUACCAUGUUUAUCGUGGUGAUGAUCCAGCUGUGUCGCAUUAAGCAGCAGAACCCUCACAAUGUGCAGAAUCGCAGCGGCUGGCAGGAGAUGCGCAGUGUGGGUGGACUCACCAUGCUUCUGGGCCUCACCUGGGGCUUCGCUUUCUUUGCCUGGGGUCCUGUUAACCUUCCCUUCAUGUACCUGUUUGCUAUUUUUAACACUUUACAAGGUGGGUCCCAAUUUGCACAGAUGCUCUACCAUUCUUGA